AUGGCCAGUAAAGGGGAACACGCUCUCAUCUUCGGGGCCUCUGGUAUCUCGGGGUGGUCCUUGAUGAAGCAGUGCCUCUCAUAUCCUUCUCCGUCAACCUUCCGGCGUGUUACAGGCCUGUGCAAUCGCCGUCUCGAAAAGGAAACCCUUUUGAUUCCAAACGAUAGUCGCCUCAGCAUCGUUUCGGGCAUCGACCUUACAGGAUCUGUCGAGAUAGUCAUAGAACAGCUGAAGGCCAAGGUUGAAGACGUCGGGUCGGUUGAUAUUGUUUUCUUCUGCGCCUAUAUCCAAACAUCCGAUCACACGUCAUUGCGAAAGGUCAACACGGACUUGCUCCGUACAGCAAUCCAGGCAAUCAGCGCCGUGGCGCCGAAUCUCGAGGUAGUAAUUCUUCAAACAGGUGGCAAAGGCUACGGUUUAGAAUUCCCAGACAAGGUUCAAAUCCAGCCCCCGCUACACGAAGAUCUACCCCGAAUCCCAGAGCCAUGGAGAAGCAAAAUCUUCUACUACGACCAAUAUGACCUGUUGAUGGAGCUAUCCAAGGAAUCAAAGUGGACAUUCUCUGAAAUACGGCCAGACGGAAUUGUUGGUUUUUCCCCUAGCUCCAAUGCCAUGAACAUGGCACACGGCAUAGCCUUCUACCUGACGCUCUAUCGCGAGGUCCACGGUGCCGGAGCUUCAGUUCCGUUCCCCGGAAGACCGCAUGGAUAUUACUCAACGCACUCCGAUACAUUCCAGGACAUUCUUUCGCAGAUGGAGAUCUAUGUUGCUCUACACCGGGAAAAGUGCGGCAAUGGGUCGUCUUUCAAUGCUGCGGAUGGGAAGACUGUGAGCUGGGCCCAGGUUUGGCCUGGUCUCUGUGCGUAUUUCGGCCUUGUUGGGUCUGAGCCACUGAACGGUCGUCAGACAAGUAUGCAGGACUUUGUCAAUAGACACAUGGAUCAGUGGAAGCGUCUUGCUGAGGCCCAUGGGUUGAAAAGUGACACAGUUGAGAACCAGAACUGGGGCCAUACGCACUUUAUGCUGGUUGAUUUUGACUUCAAUAGAGAGUAUUCAUUGGAAAAAGCUAGGUCUGUUGGGUUUAUGGAAAGUAUUGACACUGUGGAGGGCUAUAAGAUCGUCUUCGAUCGGAUGGUUGAUGCCAAAUUGAUUCCAGCGUUUCGUUGA